AUGGGAGAAGUCCCCGUAUCACCUGCUAAUUUAGACAAACAAAAUGAAUCAGAAACAACAGAUAUGCUUGCUUGUUGCUAUAUCGGUAAAGAAAAGCUUGAAUUAAGAAAGGUUCCUAAGCCUGAAAUAACAAAUGAUGAAGAUGCUAUUAUUAGAAUCACAGGAAGUACAAUUUGUGGCUCUGAUUUACACUUGUAUCAUGGUGAGAUGAUGCAAUUAAAAGAGGGAGAUAUUUUGGGUCAUGAAUGUAUGGGUAUUAUCGAAAAAGUGGGUAGUAAAGUAACCAAGUUUAAACCUGGUGAUCGUGUUGUGGCUGCGUUCAACAUUGCCUGUGGCAAAUGUAAAUUCUGUAAAGAAAAAUGGUUCACUGCCUGUGAGGCUGCUAAUAACAGCUCAGUGAUGGAGAAAUUAUAUGGCCAUCGUAUUGCUGGUGUUAUAGGCUAUUCUCACUAUUUAGGUGGAUUCGCAGGUGUUCAAGCAGAGUAUGGACGUAUCCUUUAUGCAGAUACCAAUUUGAUCAAGGUUCCAGAGGGUGUACCCGAUGAAAAGGCACUCUAUCUGUCCGAUAUCGUACCUACCUCUUAUCAUAACGUGUGGUAUACAGGUGUAAAAGAAAAUGACGUGGUUGGUGUCUGGGGUUUAGGGCCUAUUGGUCUUUGUGCUGUUCAAUGGUUGCGUAAUGUCUUUAAGGCCAAACGUAUUAUCGCCAUCGAUAACGUCCCCGCUCGUCUUCAGUUGGCUGCUAAACAAUGGGGCGCUGAGGUGAUUAACUUUGAGACAGACAAGGAUGUUGUUGCAAAGAUCUUUGAGUUAGUGCCCGAGGGUUUGGAUUGCUCCUUGGAUUGUGCUGGCUUCCGUUAUGCUAAAGACUUACUUCACAAAUUCGAACGUGUUGUAGGCCUUGAGACAGAUACAAGUGAAGUGAUUAAUGAAAUGAUUCGUGCUACCAAGAAAUUUGGUAGAAUUGGUUUAAUAGCUGACUAUGCUGCUUAUGCUAACCAUGUCUUGGUGGGUGGUAUCAUGGAGAAAGGUAUAAGCUUGAUAGGUUGUGGACAAGCACCUAUUCAACGACAUUGGGAUCGUUGUUUAGAACAUAUUAUGAAGGGCGAUUUUGAUCCUACUAUUCUCUUGACACAUCGAUUUCCUCUUGAUCAAAUUGUUGAAGCUUAUCGUCGCUUUGAUCAAAAGGAUGCUGCUAUCAUAAAGACAUUUAUUGAAACAAAGUUUAGUGGACCUGUUUACCCUGGAACUCCUAUGUUAACUAAUGUUGAUGAUGCUUAA